AUGGCUGUCACGGGGGAUUACGAUCAUCUGGUGAAGCUGCUGUUACUCGGUGACUCUGCUGUUGGCAAGUCAUCGCUGCUUAUGCGAUUCUGUGAGAGCAAAUUCGAUGCGAAUUUCGUCCUGACCAUAGGCGUCGACUUCAAAUGGAAACAAGUCGAGCGCGAUAGCAGGAAAUUGAAAAUACAGGUUUGGGAUACAGCCGGACAGGAGCGGUUCCGCACCAUUACGCCUGCAUACUACAGAGCUGCAAUGGGAGUGGUGAUCUGCUACGACAUAACGGACAAGGCAUCUUUUGAGCACAUCGACUACUGGCUGCAGCAGUUGGAGCAGCAUGGUGAUGAAGGUGUGCAAAGGGUCCUUGUGGGAAACAAGUCCGACCUCAAUGAGAAUCGAAAAGUCACCAGAGAAGAAGGUGAAAAGCUUGCCGCGCAGUACAGCAUGAAGUUCUUCGAGACCUCUGCCAAGACGGGGCAAGAGGUUGAAGAGGCUUUCCUUUCCAUAGCUGACGAAGUCGUGAAGCAACGAUAUUCAGACGUGCAGCCCAACACGUUCCAAGUCAAGAAACCAAACCAAAAAAAGAAGCAGAAUUGCCAGUGUUGA